AUGGGGAACACAGGUGAUAGGUCUCCGACGGGACGCCGGAGGUGCUUCAAGCGGUGGUGGUAUACAGGGGAGGUGUCAACGCAGCGAUGGUGUAAGCUUCCAGCACCAAAACGACCAGGAACACAGGUGAUAGGUCUCCGACGGGACGCCGGAGGUGCUUCAAGCGGUGGUGGUAUACAGGGGAGGUGUCAACGCAGCGAUGGUGUAAGCUUCCAGCACCAAAACGACCAGGAACACAGGUGA